CGGCGCUGUUCUCGCAGGUGCAAAUGCUAGGUGUUUUGAUUUUGUGUUACACCGUACACACACACACGCGAGUUGUAGGCCCUUACUUUAGCCUACUUAUUAACUUACCUGCGAAGCUUUCAAAGUUUGUUGGGUUGGAGACAUUUGGGCUAUCGACAUUUGACACAAAGAUCAGAUAUGAAAUUUUCCUUGCAAUUUUGUGCUGCGGCAUUCGUAGCUUCUUUUCUGUUUCGUCCAGGUGCUGCUUUGUACUGCUAUCAGUGUGAUUCAACUUUGGACAGCAACUGUCAGGAGAAAUGGGAUGAAAGCCUUUCUGUCAAUGAAGACAAAUACACCCUCUGCCAGCUGUGGGAUGCAAAGUAUUGUGCAAAAGUAACUGGAAUGUGGGGAGGUGUUGUCGGGACUCAUCGAUUCUGUUCUUCCAAAGACUUGGGAGACCAGUGUCAAGAUAUUUGGUUCCCAGACCACGACAGAAUGUACAGAGCUUGUGUGUACAGCUGUUCAUCUGAUGGAUGUAAUGCAGGUUUCCGCCUGUCUUCUGUGCCGGUUACUCUUCUCACUUUGAUGGGUGUGGUUGUUGGAGUACUCAGGUUGUUGUGAUCUAUCCUGCCUUUUUGAAAUGUUUGUUGUUUAUAUGAAAUGAGAAAUGAAGUAUGACUGUUUCACAGUACAAGAAGCAAAUGAGUUGGUGAAAUUGUUGAUUGUUUGCAGUAAAGUGUGUUGCAUUGUAAUUUUGUGUUGCAAUGGGAAAUGACAAUUUGCUGAAUACAGAUGGUCUGCAGAUUGUUGGUGUUUUGGCCGCUUUGGUCUCGAUCUAAUAGUUUGAAAUUAUUACCAGUGUUUAUCAAUUAAAAGGAUUGUUACUCCCCUUCAAUUUAUUACCCCUUUUUAGAAAAAAUUUGUCAAAGGAACCUGAACUUCUUGGAAACUGAUCUCUGUUGAAUGUUGGUCCCUCACUGAAACAUAAUAGACCCACUGUGUGUGUGUUUGUAUGUUUGUGAUGAGGUCGCAACUGAAAAUACAGAUGACAUUCUUCUGACAUUUGCAUGUGUGUUCACCUGGGAAGUCUAUUACCAUGUACAUUAGCUUAUAACACGAUGUGACAUGUUAUACAGGGUGAAGACUUUGACUUCUUCCAAAUUGGCCCAUGUUUGUAGGCGUGCAUGAAGAGGAUGCAUUUCUGACAUGCUGGAGAGGGGCUCAACAUUCGUGAAAUCAAAUACUAGUUGGUCAUAUCUUUAAAUAUUAAGUGCAAAAAUCAAGAGCACAACCCAGGUAAACAGCUCCAUUAACAAUAUGUAUUCCAAUGUUUAUUUUAUGACAUUGAACAGCGAUCCAAAGAAAUGCAUCGCAAGAGAAGGGCUGCAUGUCAUAUAUAUAAUAUGAGAGUAUAAUUUUAGACCUCAUUUUUGUUUUUAAAAUCACUCAUAUUCAGGGUGUCCAGCAAAAUCGUUAAAAAGUCGUAAAUUCGGCGCCCUGGUCGUAAAGGUCGUAAAUGGUAGUAAAUUUGCCUUGAAGGUAGUAAAAAUUUGGUAAACGGUCAUAAAUUAGCCUGCAUACUGAGUGAUGAAGCCAGCAAGACUUUUCAGUGAACCCUAGCCUCCGGUUUUGCAGGUCGCGAUUGUGAUAUAUUAUUAUAAUUAUUCGUUUACCUUUUCCCCGUCCGAGAGUACGUUUCACGCGAAAAGCCGGCUAUGGCGGCAGGUGGAAGUGUAUGUGACACCGAGGCUCGAUCGGGAAAAUCGAGAUCUACUUUCGCUUUCGUUACCACCCUAAAAUUUGGCGAAGAUAAACUGAUAACGCAACAUUUGUGUUGUACAGUAUAAACGCUGUGUCGCCGUGCAAACAAAAUUUAUUAAUUACUCGGACUCUGUCACUUGUGGGGGUUGGGGGGGGGGGG